AUGUCGAGCGCAAGAUCAAUCAUAAUAGUGGGAGUGGGACCUUUCAUCUCGACGUCGCUUGCUCGCAGACUUGUGGUCGAGGGAUGGAACAUUGCCUUGCUUUCUCGAUCGCAUGACAGCUUGCGUGCUCUGGCUGAAGAGUUGAACAAGCAGAAAGCUGAAAACGCCAAGAUCCUCGUCAAGGCUGUUGAUGCUGGAGAUGCAGGUGCUUUGUUGCAGGCAUUAGAGGCAUCCAAGAAGGAGCUUGGAUCAGUGGAUGUGGUGUGCUAUAAUGCCGCGAGAGUUGGUAUGGAUGAUCUGAUGACAGUGAAACAUGAGGUUCUCGAGGCCGAUUUCAAGGUGUCCGCUGUCGGAACUCUGAUGACGGGCCAAUGGUUCGCGGAAAAUGCCAAUACCUCGAAAGUGAGUGAUGGAGAAUAUCCCAUGUUGCUUGUGACAGGAGGACUGUUACAUCAGCACCCGUUGCCUUCCAUGUCUUCACUCUCCGCGGUAAAGUCUGCAUCACAAAAUAUUGCUACCAACUUCUCCCAGGUUCUCCCUGAGAAGUAUCAGGUGCAAGUGGGACAACCGUUGAUUGAGCAGGCAAUUAUUCCAGAUGGCAAAGGGGGUUAUCAAACAAAAUCAGACCCGGACGUUAUCGUUGACAAAAUAUUCAUGCCAUACUUCGAAGACAGAAUGAACGUGGGACAGCUGAAGGAAUGGAAGUUGGAAAGAGUAUACUGA